CGCACACGAGGUGGCGCCCCGAGGCGCUGCCUAGCGGCUCUGACAUCGGAAGGCGAAGGCGGAAAGGCGUCGCGCUUGCGCUCAGGCGGGGCGGCAAAGGCGGCUUCGGGAAGGCUAAAGGUCCUUCGCGCGGAUCGCGGCAGCAGUCUCGGCGGUGGGAGUCUCUGCUUCGGCGUAAAGAUGCCGGCCGUGUCGAAGGGGGAUGGGAUGCGGGGCCUGGCCGUCUUCAUCUCGGACAUCAGGAACUGUAAAAGCAAAGAAGCUGAGAUUAAAAGAAUAAACAAAGAACUGGCAAAUAUUCGAUCCAAAUUUAAAGGUGAUAAAGCCCUGGAUGGUUAUAGCAAGAAAAAAUAUGUCUGCAAGCUGCUUUUCAUUUUUCUCCUGGGACAUGAUAUUGAUUUCGGCCACAUGGAGGCUGUGAAUCUCCUAAGUUCAAACAAAUAUACAGAGAAACAAAUUGGUUAUUUGUUCAUCUCCGUACUUGUGAAUUCAAACAGUGAGUUGAUACGCCUGAUAAACAAUGCAAUCAAGAAUGAUUUAGCUAGCCGGAACCCCACUUUUAUGGGACUGGCUUUGCACUGCAUUGCCAAUGUGGGUAGCAGAGAGAUGGCCGAAGCGUUUGCUGGUGAAAUUCCAAAAAUACUGGUAGCUGGAGACACCAUGGAUAAUGUAAAGCAAAGUGCAGCCCUGUGCUUGCUACGAUUAUACAGAACGUCUCCUGAUCUAGUGCCAAUGGGAGACUGGACAUCAAGAGUUGUGCACCUUCUCAAUGAUCAGCAUCUGGGUGUGGUUACAGCUGCUACCAGUUUGAUCACUACUCUGGCUCAAAAGAAUCCAGAUGAAUUUAAGACGUCAAUAUCUCUGGCUGUUUCCAGGCUUAGUAGAAUUGUGACAUCAGCAUCUACUGAUCUCCAGGAUUAUACUUACUACUUUGUCCCUGCUCCAUGGUUGUCUGUGAAGCUUUUGAGAUUGUUGCAGUGCUAUCCUCCGCCAGACCCUUCCGUUCGAGGACGUCUCACAGAAUGUCUGGAAACUAUUCUUAACAAAGCUCAAGAACCUCCUAAAUCAAAGAAAGUGCAGCAUUCAAAUGCAAAGAAUGCUGUAUUGUUUGAGGCGAUUAGUUUAAUUAUCCAUCAUGACAGUGAACCAAACCUGCUUGUUCGUGCCUGUAAUCAGCUAGGCCAAUUUUUGCAACACCGGGAAACUAAUCUUCGUUACUUAGCAUUGGAAAGCAUGUGCACGCUUGCCAGCUCUGAAUUUUCACAUGAGGCUGUGAAAACACACAUAGAAACAGUGAUCAAUGCAUUGAAGACCGAGAGAGAUGUAAGCGUACGACAGAGAGCAGUGGAUCUCCUGUAUGCUAUGUGUGACAGAAGCAAUGCCCAACAAAUUGUAGCCGAAAUGCUGAAUUAUCUGGAAACGGCUGAUUAUUCUAUUAGAGAAGAAAUCGUACUCAAAGUUGCAAUUCUGGCUGAGAAAUACGCAGUGGACUACACCUGGUAUGUGGAUACCAUACUGAAUUUGAUUCGAAUUGCCGGGGACUAUGUUAGUGAAGAAGUAUGGUACAGAGUAAUUCAAAUAGUAAUUAACAGAGAUGAUGUGCAAGGAUAUGCUGCAAAGACAGUUUUUGAGGCUCUCCAAGCACCAGCAUGCCAUGAAAACUUGGUCAAAGUGGGUGGCUACAUUUUGGGAGAAUUUGGAAACUUGAUUGCUGGGGAUCCAAGAUCCAGUCCUCUCAUCCAGUUCAACCUGUUGCAUUCAAAGUUCCAUCUGUGCAGUGUACCAACUAGAGCACUACUUCUGUCUACUUACAUCAAGUUUGUAAAUUUAUUUCCUGAGAUAAAAACUACCGUUCAAGAUGUAUUGCGCAGUGACAGCCAACUAAAGAAUGCUGAUGUUGAGCUACAGCAGAGAGCUGUUGAGUACCUGAGGCUCAGUACAAUUGCUAGUACUGAUAUUUUGGCAACUGUGCUAGAAGAAAUGCCUCCAUUUCCAGAGAGAGAAUCCUCCAUUCUAGCCAAGCUGAAAAAGAAAAAAGGUCCCAAUACAGUUACUGAUUUGGAAGAAACCAAAAAGGAAAGAAGCUCGGAUAUCAAUGGUAGCACUGAUGCCACCCUUGUAAAUGCAAGCACAGCGUCUACUCCAUCUCCUUCAGCAGACCUGUUAGGUCUUGGUGCAGCUGCAGUCACAAAUUCUGUUCCUGCAACAUCAAGCGGUAGCUUGUUAGUGGAUGUCUUUUCAGACAAUUCUACAAAUCCGGCAUCACUUGCUCCUGGUUCCGAAGACAACUUUGCAAGGUUUGUUUGCAAAAACAAUGGGGUCCUGUUUGAGAAUCAGUUACUACAGAUUGGUCUGAAAUCUGAAUUUCGUCAGAACUUGGGCCGUAUGUUCAUAUUUUAUGGCAAUAAAACCUCCACACCAUUUUUAAAUUUUGUUCCAACGUUAAUCUGUUCAGAUGAUCUUCAGUCAAGUCUGAAUCUGCAGACUAAACCUGUUGACCCCACUGUAGAAGGAGGCGCUCAAGUGCAACAGAUUGUAAAUAUUGAGUGUAUAUCAGACUUCAUGGAAGCGCCAGCCUUAAACAUUCAAUUCAGAUAUGGAGGAACUUUACAAAACAUCUCCGUGAAGCUACCUAUCACACUGAACAAAUUUUUCCAGCCGACAGAAAUGGCUGCUAACGACUUCUUCCAGAGAUGGAAACAACUGAGCAACCCUCAACAAGAAGUACAGAAUAUCUUUAAAGCAAACCAUCCAAUGGAUGCUGAAAUUACAAAGGCAAAAAUCAUUGGCUUUGGCACAGCUCUACUGGAAGAAGUGGAUCCUAACCCUGCUAACUUUGUAGGUGCUGGCAUAAUACACACGAAAUCAAUACAAAUUGGAUGUUUGAUGCGUCUUGAACCCAACCUUCAGGCAGAGAUGUACCGACUAACAUUGCGAACAAGUAAAGAAACAGUCUCACGAAGAUUAUGCGAAUUGUUGUCAGAACAGUUCUGAAUCUUAACUCAAGACCAGCUUUGAUUCUUUAUUUCUGCCUGUUUUUCUCGUCCUACUCCAGGAAUGUCCUGUGCACCAGUGUCUGCAUAAAUAACUGCCAUCACAUUCACAUUCCUGCCUUAAAGGACCUGUCCCUCUUAUGUGAAUAAAAGAUGUGUGUAAUGUAAAGUUACCUAAAUGUGAAAAAUAUUUCUGGCACAAGGAGGCCAAGAGGCAUUGUGUUUGUCACCUCAACUAUUUCAGGCAUUUUGUCAGAAGUUGGUUUUAUGAUGACUUACUUUGAUUAACAAUGAUCUAAAUAAAAGGUGUUUGAAUUUUCCCCCUGGAAAUUCCAAUGUAAAUUGCUAGUAAUGUUGUGGUCACUUCUCCUAUCCCUGUAUUGCCCCAGCAGUAAUCAGUAAAGUUCUGUUUGAUGAGACUGUGAGUAGCCAUCUUGCUGCUGAACUCUUUGUCAGUCUUAGACAGAUCAACUUUUGAGAAUGUCCAAAAUGCAUCAAUGUAAUGUGAUGGGAAGUCAGGACUACUGUAAUGGAUCUCACAGAUGUUGGCUUUUUCAAAAUAGGCAAUGGGCAUUGACCUUGAGUACAGUACACAUAGGCAUUAGGGUAUUAUUUCCCCCUACCUCAAGCAAUUUGUUUUAAACAGCUUUAAUUCACCCUUUCAUUUCCUCCAAAUUAUGAAUUACCAAAGAGUAAAUUUCUCAUCAAACGCUGGAAUAAAAGGAUUAGAAUAAUUAGAUUCACUGUUUCUAGAGAACACUAGUUAAUCCAUUGUUCAUUUGGAUUGUAAAGUUUUUUUAAAAAAAAAUCACAUGGAGCUACACUAAAAAUUUCCCAGAGAAUCUAUGUUUCUAUAUUCUCUAGCCCUGGCUGUUAUUACUGAUAGGCAAUUUCGAUGUAAUAUUUUUGUUAGCAUAUGGGUGGGUCACACAGAUACAGACGUCCAGUAUAUUCAGGUCCUAAGUAAAUCGUUAGCUUUUGAAAGUAUAAUGGUCUGAUAAUUGCUUUUUUGACAUCACAAAGUUGGGUGCACUAUUUUCAAAAAGUCUAGCAAUGAUAUGGUCUACUUGGCAUGAGAUAUGCAUUUGUAAUAUAUUAUAGAAAUUCAGCCUGACGUCCUUUUCAGCUAGUAGAAAUAAGUUUCAAUCACACUUCUCUGAAAUGAUUCUAAAAUGGUUAGCACAGUCACUCAGUAAAGCAAGAAAAAAUAAGCAAUUAUAUCUAUAUUGCAAUAAAUGUCCUUGGGAGUUUAAUCAGCUUCUUUUUUUAAAGAUAAAAUUGCAUGUCUAAGCCAGACAGGACUAUUAUCCAGAUUCCUCUAAUUUGAGUACUGAAUUACUGUUUUUUUGCAAACUUCUUAAGGUAGCUUUGUUGGGCUCCACUGAAUUAACACAUUUUGAUAAAUGAAAUGGCAUUAAUUUGGUCAUGUAAUAAAACUAGGAUAACUUCCAAUAUUCUCCUUUGACUGGAGAAAUUCUAAGAGUGAUGAUCACAAUGAACAGAUUAAUGCGUUCUCAUUUUUCACAUGGAACCUGAAGCCAUUAAAACAAGGGAUAAUUAGAAGCUUGUCAUAUAACAUAUUAAAAAGAUCUGCCAUUUAACUUUUAAAGAGGCAGAUCUGAAAGCACUGUGGUUGCAUAUAUUUAAUACCAUGGCAAAGCACUGAUGGUCUUCCCUGUGCAGUUGUGAGCAAAUGUCCAUAAAAUGAUGAAGAUUCCAAAUCAGUUGUUCAUAUUAUUUUUGUUCUCCUAAUGGGGAACAGAAUUGAAGUAUAGGUAUAUACAAUUUAUUGGGAUAAGUUACUUGAUUACCAAAGUUAUAUAUCCUCUUUAUCAACCAGAAGUACUUUUUGUGGCUAAAACAGUAUUAGUAAUCCAAGUGCAGUAUUUGUUAUUGACAUGUGAAAGAUUCCUCAACUGGAAGAUGAAAUGCUGUAAACUUAGGUCUACACUCCGGUAUCUAUGUAUAACCAUUUCAGUAUAUGAAAAGUGAAUUUUCAGCUUAUAUGGUCAACUUUCAUUAUAAGUGUAUGAAUCUGAAAAUACAUAACUCUAAUCAUGUUACCUUUAGCAGAAAAAAUAAAUGGCUAGAAGACUAAAAUUA